GACUGCCGCCAGUGCUUCCGUCCCUCAUGCAUUUGGAUAUAAGUGAUUGCGCUCGGCUAACGUCGCUCAAGGGAAUGCCCGAGAUGCCCAAAUUGACAACAUUGAUACUGCCUCCACUGAUACGGAGCCUGCAAGGACUGCCCAGGAUCCUCUACUCGCUUCAAAGCAUUGAUCUCUCAAGAUGUUCUGAGCUUGCGUCGCUCAAGGAGAUUCCUUAUCUCCCAAACUUGAGAAAAUUGAUAACCCCCAAAGGACUGAAGACCUUGGACAUACCCCUGGAUCACAUCGACUCGCUUGAGGAGCUCCAUAUGUCGCGCUCGUCAAGUCUCGAGUCACUUGAUCGUUUUCCAUACACACCCAAAUUGAAGAUUCUGUAUCUGAAUGGUUCAUUUUGCAACCUCCGUGAGCUGCCAAGAUGCAUGCCGUUGCUUCAGAUCCUCUGUGUCUGGUGCCCUUCACUUACGUCGCUGGAGGGGUUUCCUGAAACACCCAAACUUGAAGAGCUGGCUCUGACGUCCUCAAUAACCAGCAUGCGCGGUCUGCCGUCCGUAUUUCCCACCUUAACGGUGUUUGCCGUUUGUGAUCAAGGGAGUCCGUCAAACGAGACAAGCCUCCAGGGAUGCCCCAUCAUGCCCAAUCUUCAGCGUCUCAAGCUCUCUGGAUCGAUCCGAUCAUUUCGGGGGCUCCCUGAGUCCUUGAUGAGGCUCCUGGAACUGGAUCUAUCUUCAUGCUCCAAUCUGCAAUCGAUCGAAGGACUCCCACGUAUGCCUCUGCUCCAGAGGUUGAGACGCGGUGGCAUGCGGAAGUCAAUAUUCGAUGAGUUAGUGGCCCGACUGAGGACUGAUUCACCGCAACUGAGCGUAUCUGGAUGAAAUCCUCGCUUCAUCACACUAUCAUCGAUCAGCCUCAGUCCAGAUGGUGACGAAAGUAAGGUCAGGUGAAGAAGAGAACAACCUGGGUGGUG